AAGUUCUGAUGCUCUGCCGGUGCUGGACUGAAGCCCCGAGUGGUCGUCCGGCGAGAUCUUUCUCCGGCACGCCGUGGUAAUGAGAUUUUCUUCAUCAUUGUGCUUGGUUGGCGUGUUGGUGGCUGCUCCGGCCUACAGGCGGUGCUGCCGUCACAGAGAUGAGGGCAACACCACACAGACACGCACACACACAUGUGGGAUGAAUCAGACCAGCGCAGAACUGACACGGCCGUCCGGUUUGGUUGCCUUUGUGUGUGUGUCUGCAGGUGUAUUUGGCCACUGCAGAGGGCGUGGGCUCUGGCGAAACACGCACCUGCCAGGUGGACUAGUGAAAUGCACGACAGAAGCGCACACACACAGACACACAUGGGGUGCGCCUGUGUGUGUGGUGUCAGUUGGCUGUGGGUGGGGGCGGUCAGCUGCCCUUUGGUGAGGGUAAUCUCGAUUUGCGUGUGGAGAUCGCCGUCACAAAGUCGAGAGACUGCGAAAGGGUACGCACACACACGAGAGGCAUGUCGAUUUGUGUGUGUGUUAAUUGGCUGGGGCGUGUGUGUGUGUCUGGGCACUGUGUUAUGUUCCAGAAGAUGGCACCGUCGUACGACGAGCAACUCCCAAUCUGCCUGAUGUGUGGCGUGUUACCUUGUUGUGUGCGCGGUCGGACUUCGGUGUGUGGCACCGCAACGAGAUGAGUGGAGCCCUCCGCGGCCUCACGCGCGUCCGCCGCUUGAAAACAGCAGGACGACGCCACCCGGC